AUGCCUUGGAUAAGACUAAUUUCAGGAUCGUGAAUAUCUCUCCGUAUCAUGGCCCACGUGAGACACUUUCGGACAUUAGUUUCGGGAUUUUAUUUCUGGGAAGCAGCACUGUUACUCAGUUUGGUUGCAACAAAGGAAACAGAUAGUGCAAGAUCUAGAAGUGCACCAAUGUCACCUUCUGACUUUCUGGAUAAAUUAAUGGGGAGGACAUCAGGGUAUGAUGCAAGAAUCAGACCCAAUUUUAAAGGUCCUCCAGUUAAUGUCACAUGCAACAUAUUCAUAAACAGCUUUGGCUCUAUUGCUGAGACAACCAUGGAUUACAGAGUGAAUAUCUUUCUUCGUCAGAAAUGGAACGAUCCUCGCCUUGCAUAUAGUGAAUAUCCUGAUGACUCUUUAGACCUAGAUCCUUCCAUGUUGGACUCCAUUUGGAAACCUGACCUGUUCUUUGCCAAUGAAAAGGGUGCCAACUUUCACGAAGUUACUACAGACAACAAACUGUUAAGAAUUUUCAAGAAUGGAAAUGUUCUUUAUUCAAUAAGAUUGACAUUAACACUUUCCUGUCCAAUGGAUCUCAAGAAUUUUCCGAUGGAUGUGCAAACGUGCAUAAUGCAACUGGAGAGUUUUGGAUACACAAUGAAUGAUCUCAUUUUUGAAUGGCAAGAUGAGGCACCUGUACAAGUGGCAGAAGGACUCACUCUGCCCCAAUUUCUGUUGAAAGAAGAGAAAGAUUUACGAUACUGCACUAAACAUUACAACACAGGAAAGUUUACAUGUAUAGAAGUGCGAUUCCAUCUUGAACGACAAAUGGGAUACUAUCUGAUCCAGAUGUAUAUUCCCAGUCUCCUGAUUGUUAUUCUGUCGUGGGUUUCAUUCUGGAUCAAUAUGGAUGCUGCUCCGGCCAGGGUAGCUUUGGGAAUAACUACUGUGCUGACUAUGACCACACAGAGUUCAGGAUCCCGAGCUUCCUUACCAAAGGUAUCAUAUGUCAAAGCUAUUGACAUUUGGAUGGCAGUGUGCCUCCUUUUUGUGUUUGCAGCACUUCUGGAAUAUGCAGCUGUAAAUUUUGUAUCAAGACAGCACAAAGAACUUCUGAGAUUUCGACGAAAGAGAAAGAAUAAGACAGAAGCUUUUGCAUUGGAGAAGUUUUACCGUUUCUCAGACACGGAUGAUGAGGUAAGGGAAAGUCGAUUCAGCUUCACUGCCUAUGGCAUGGGACCGUGUCUGCAAGCAAAAGAGAGUGUGACCCCCAAGGGCCCAAACCGUCCUGUCCAGGUAAUGCCAGAAAGCCCUGAUGAAAUGAGGAAGAUCUUCAUCGACCGGGCCAAGAAGAUUGACACCAUCUCCCGAGCCUGCUUCCCAUUAGCCUUUUUGAUUUUUAAUAUUUUCUACUGGGUUAUCUAUAAAAUUCUUAGGCAUGAGGAUAUACAUCAGCAAUGA